AAUGGGGCAAGAAAAUGGAAUGAAAAUGUGUCCCAUCUCUUCCCAACCUACUUAAUAUUCCAACCGCGUAGCGUUUCGUAGUAUUGCGUAAGAUCCUUUUCUCCCAACAUACGUAGUGCGUGACGUAACCAUACGCUGCUAAUUAACAUCGCAUGCUUCUCACCAACGUGCGGAAUGACUAAACAUUUUAAAACGAGUUAGGAUUGCCGCGUCGUGUGUAGAUCAAUAUGACAUCACCAUGUUAUGUAUCCUGCGCGCGAACUAUCCGUCUUACUUGUACCGCAACAGCCUUUCCCGUGCCCGCGGUCAUGAAUAGACUGCCUGUGACGUCACAAUUUCCGCAAGCGCCUUUCGAAUCUUAUUCCCGCUGCUGUUGCAAGUAUUCGUCGAAGUUACAAGCUUACUGAUACGAUGGGCGCUUUGUUCUCGUCGCGUAGAAAUGCGAGGAAAACGCGAAAGUCGAACAGAGGUCACUUGACCAAGUCUAAAGUGAAGUCACAAAGUAAAGAUGACUUAAUAACAAUAGAGACGGCCCCGACCGUCCGUGACCGCAAGCUACAGCUUCGACAGGCAGUAUCGACUGAUAGCUUAGGUGUGCACGACUUUGAAGACUACGUUAAGAAGAAAAGCCCCUCUCCUAAGAUGACGUCACCCAGAUCUUUUGAACGCGACGCAAUAAAGGCGCACAACGAGUAUCGUUCCAACCACAACGCUCACCCAUUAAAACAGAAAGCAGAACUGACACGAACUGCGCAAAAAUGGGCGGAGAAAAUCGCUGCCUCCGGAAAAUUUGGCCACUCCGGUCAUGAGGAUUAUGGAGAAAACAUAGCAAUGACUACGGCGAAGAACCCGACAGGUUCGGAAAUCACAGCAAUGUGGUACGACGAGGUGCACGAUUACAAUUUCAACCGUCCGGGAUUCAAAAAGGGGAUCGGUCAUUUCACCCAAGUUGUUUGGCGCGAUUCCACUCACAUUGGUGUGGGAAUCGCUAGUGGGCGCUAUGGCACUUUCGUCGUGGCAAAUUACGAGCCAAGAGGAAAUUGGAGCAUGCCAGGACAGUUUGAAAAGAACGUCCUUCGCCCGAACAAGGCAGUCACCAAAAAAUCGAACAAACCAAAACUUCGUCGUAGUUCAUCAUCGUCAUCGUCAUCAUCGUCGUCCUCGUCGGACGAUGAUCGCAAAGAUUCUGGAAAAACUGAUACAAAAGUGACGACAAAAGUCGAAACAUCAACUGAUGAGAAAGGUCGCAAAGUAAAGAAAACAACUAAAACCACCGUCACAACAACAACCUCGAAGGAUGGUUCAAAAUCGACACAGACCAAGACACAAGUUACGACCGAAUACAUUGGUGAUGGGAAUGAUUCUGCACCAAGUUCUAGCAAAGCAGGCAAAACAAAGGACAAACCUCUUUCUGUGAGCGAUGGAUUGUCAAAAGUUUCGAUCGCCAACGCAGUCAGCUCUUCUGAUAAACGAAAGUUCAGAGAAGAGGUAUUGUCACGUCACAAUGAACUAAGGAAACGUCACGGGGUUCCAGCACUUAGUCGCAGUCGAAAAUUAGAAGACUUGGCACAAGAAUGGGCGGAACAUUUGCUAAAACUUGGAAAGUUGCAACACAGACAAAACAACGAUCAUGGAGAAAACGUCGCUUUCAAAUUCCAAUCUGACAAAACUAUGUUUACAGGUGACAUCAUUACGGACAUGUGGUACGAAGAAAUCCACAAGUACGACUUCGGGAGUCCCGCGUUUAAACCAGGAACAGGUCAUUUCACACAAGUUGUUUGGAAAAAGAGCAAAGAGAUUGGAGUUGGAGUAGCGACUGAUGGAAAAGGAACAUUAUAUGCAGUUGCUAACUACACACCUGCUGGAAACUUUCGUGGACAGUUUCAAGAAAACGUUUCGAAGCCUAAAAAAUAGGAAAAUGGUUCCACCCGAACAGAAAAAAUAUCUACUCUUAAAUUUAGCUGAUUGAAUACACAUGCGUUUACUUGGUGUAUAUAGUUUUAUGCAAUAUAUUCAUCCGCUAUACUGUAUAUUUACUCAAUGUGAUCCGUAGCAGUAUAUGGGAUGUAGGCCUACAUGCAAAAUACCUGAAUAAACUGCACUAUAUUUUC